GAGUACAAAUACUUCGUUACUGUACUUAAGUAGAAAUUUCACGUAUCUGUACUUUACUUCGCUAUUUAAAUUUAUGUCAACUUUCACUUUUACUCCACUACAUUUCCUAGAUAAAAUGUAUACUUUUACUCCGAUACAUUUCCACUAAGCAUCUUCGUUACUCGUUACUACAAAAUAAAAUGAUCAGAAGAAGAAAUGUGUGCGACUGCAAUAAGGGAGGUUUGGCGAAUCACUUCUCCUAGAUUCGCACACUCCACACGCUCUAUUUCAGCGUAAUGCUUGUUUGUUGCCAAAAAGGCGGAGGAAGCACAACUGAAACCGCCGGCGCCAUGGAAGCACCAACUGGAGGACCUCCCGUUAUCUUAGACGACCACCCCGACGAUAGUGGUGAACUCGGUGAACAGGUUGAAGAUAACGUUAUACACCCGUGGCCGUAUUUGCAAGAGAUGUUUCUGUACAUUGGAGUGAAAGAUUCUUCCUACCGGAUGAAGUGCCUCUUAUGCCUACCGAAAGUCACUGAAAUUUUGGCAUUCAAGAACUCCCCGUCCAACCUGAAGAAGCACAUCGAGAAAGCAUGUACACCACCUCAAAAAGUAUGAAGGGCUUACAUCAACAAAGAGAAAAAGAGCUCCUGAGACUCCCACCACCACCUCCAGCAUCAAGCAGACCACAUUGGUGAACACCAGGACUGUGUCUCAGAGGUCCAUUGACAAAGCUAUAGUGACUUAUGUGGUCCAAGGACUCAUUUCAUGUUGUUGAAGAACAACCAUUUCAAGAUUUUGUGAAGGAACUGCAGCCUAAUGCAAAAAUUAUGUCACGGCUAACUCUGCGCUCCAUGAUUGAUGAUGCCUCCAGGGGAAUGAAGAGGGCUGUGACUGAGGCCAUGAGGGGAGUUGACCAUAUCGCCACCACCACCGACUGCUGGUCUGUCAGAAGGCGGAGCUUCAUUGGUGUUACUGCCCAUUGGAUUGACCCCGACAGUCUCAAAAGAUGCUCAGCAGCCCUAGCCUGUAAACAGCUGAGAGGUUCGCACACAUUUGAUGUGUUGGCAAGUGCCCUGAAUGACAUCCACUCUGAAUUUGAAAUUCGGGGGAAGAUUGUGCGAACAAGAGACAAUGCUUCUAACUUCAUAAAAGCGUUCAACAUUUUUGGUGAAGAUGAGAACAAUAAUGCCAUUGGAAGUGAUGGUGAUCAUGGCAGUGCACCUCAACCAGGAGAGGAAGAAGAUGAUCAAGAAGGGGAUGAAGAAGUGGAGUGUGUUGAUGUGUCAGCACUUCUGACUGAAGAUGAUGGUUUAGAGUUCCAGCUCCCAAAGCACCAGCGCUGUGCUUGUCACCUACUCAACCUAAUAGCUACUGUUGAUGCCAUAAAAGCCACAUCCAAUGAGGUGUACAAGAAAGUGUACCGUUCAACAUUUGGCAAGUGUAGUGCACUUUGGAACAAAUGUGGAAAAUCCACCCUUGCAGCCGAAAUGGUUGAAGAUGCUUGCUCCCUCCAGCUGCUGCGCCCGAAUUCCACCAGGUGGAACUCCCUGUUCCUGGCAGUGGAAAGACUGCUGAGAAUAAUCAAAGAAAAGGGAGAGACUACCAUCAGAGUCAUCUGCACUGACUUAAAGCUUCCAAUGUUUAAUCCAGCUGAACUCGCCUUUCUCGCAGAGUAUGCCGCUGUCAUGAGCCCUGUCGCUCAGGCUACCAACAUCUUGCAAGCAGAAGCAAAUGCCAUGAUGGGCUGGCUACUUCCAACCAUCAACCUGCUCACUGUCAAACUUGACAGAGUCAAGUUGCCACUGAAGUACUGCAAGCCUCUGGUGGAUGCUCUACAGGUGGGAAUCAUGAACCGUCUUGGCCACAUGUCAAGAGAACCAGAGUUGAUCGCUGCUGCGAUUCUGCUUCCGAAAUUCCGAACGAUGUGGACAAAGGAUGAAGCCACAAUCAAAACGGGAACUGACUACAUCAGGCAGCAUCUGGAAGAGCCCUCACUGCAGAUAGGCGAUGCUUGCAGGUCCACUUCGUCUGAUGAAGAUGACUUUUUCUCUGCCCUGCAGUCGUCUCAAAUACAAGAUGGCACCAAACAGCUGGAUGGGUACUUGGCCUGUUCAGCAGAUCACAUGGACUUGCUGAAGUCCUUCCCAGCAGUGUGCAAGCUUUCUGUGAAGCUGAACACUCCUCUACCUGCCUCAGCGGCCUGUGAAAGGCUAUUUAGCAUCGCAGGACUUGUCUUCAGUCCAAGAAGAGUAAGACUGAAUUCUGGCAACUUUGAAAACCAGCUUCUUUUGAAGAUGAACAAACACCUUUUCAGUUUCAACUAAUGACUGGCCUAUUAGUAGCUGCUGGACGUGUGUGUGUGUGUGUGUGUGUGAUGGGGAGUAACCCCUACAAAUGCUCAUACCACAUGACCAAAAUGUUCUCCCUACCAGCAGGUGUUUUGUUUUUGAAAGAAAUUAAGUUAUUUAUUUUUCAUUUUACAUUUUUAGUUCAUACAAAAGUGAAAUUUCUGUUUCUGUUUUUUUCUUUGAUGUCAGCUCAAAAAAUAUGCUGUUUGUUUUUUGAACUUAAGAGAAUUGUGCCUGAAAAGUCCUGGAAAAGACUAAUUUUGUGAGAGUGAGAUUAAGAAGAUACCCUGAAUAUGCUUCAUGCUUUACUAUAAGAAAGCCACAA